ACGGGUUGUGUGCAGGUAGUCGUCAUGUGACAAAAGCAGACGCCUUGAUCGUAUUAACAAGUUUGGAUAAGACGAUAUUGUUUAGAAUUUAUCGCUUUAAAAAGUAGUAAUUAGCAAAUAUGGGAGCAUACUGGGUACCCGUUUUCUUUUUCACAGUAUUUUGGGGUGCAGUUGGUAUAGUAUUGCCAUUCUUCGUUCCUAAAGGUCCCAACAAAGGAAUUUUACAAGUUGUUCUAAUGCUGACAGCAUUUACCUGCUGGUUAUUCUGGUUAUGCUGUUACAUGGCUCAAAUGAAUCCACUUGUAGGACCAGUUUUAAAAAAUAGCACAGUAUUAUUGAUUGCCAGAGAAUGGCAAUCUGUCAAUCCAUUCCUCUCAUGAAACAACUUGAAGAUUAAUCCAUAACCAAGUAUAUAAAUAUGUAUAAGGAAGGAUACUAGGUUCAUAUUUUUUGUGGUUGUCUACCUGAAUGAAUAAGUUUUAAUAGCAAGUUAAUUAUGAUAAACAUCCAUCUACAGUGUUACAUUUUGAUUUGUUGGCAAUAUAAUACUUUUUCAUUUAGUUAUGUGGCAGACAAAGACAUUGUAGUUUUUUCCAAAUCUCGCAAUUAUUAAUAUGUUAAUAAAAUUAUAGACAUAAAAAUUCACUGUAUAUACCUAUGUGCAUAUGUGAGUAAUAUAUGUAAUUACUUUUGAUU